AUGAGUUCUUUCCUAACUCAAACCAACAUGGAGAUGGGGGUUGUCUUCCUCACUCAGACUGCAACUAGGAUCCUGGGGAACUCCUCUCUUUUUUGCUUUUAUAGUUACACCCUCCUCACUGGACAGAAGAUAAGGCCCAUAGACGCUAUCUGCCACUAUCUGGUCUUUGCCAACAACUUGGUUAUUUUAUCCAGGGGAAUCCCUCAGACAAUGGCAGGAUUUGGAUGGAAGUACUUCCUGGAUGAGUCUGGAUGUAAAGUUGUUUUGUAUUUCCACAGAGUAGCCAGAGGGGUUUCUCUUAAUGCCACCUGCCUUCUGAGUGGCUUCCAGGUCUCAAAGCUUUGCACUAGAAAUGCUUGUUGGAAGAUCACUUCUACAUUCCCCAAGUGCUUUGGAUUCUGUGGUUCCCUUUCCUGGAUUCUGCAGCUCCUGCUAAAUGUUUCUGUACCUUUGAGAGUGACUGGCCCAAGACACAAACAAAGUGUCACUCUGCACAUGCAUUAUAGAUACUGUUCCACAGGAGCAACCCCACCCAAACCAUUUGAAGCCAGAACUGUGCCUAGUGGACACGUCAGUGUUCCUGGGUACAUGUUUCUCAGUACACAGAUCUAUGUGCUCAUCAGUAGAGACACAUGUGCUACUCAGCUUCUUCACCUUCAUGGAGUUCCUGUAGUUCCCUUUGAGUGUUCUCAGCCUUCUCACGCCAUUCCUGACAUUCUCUUUAACUGA